AUGGGACACGGGAAAUUGGUGCUCAAAUUCCUCACCAAGGACAGCUUACGCAGGACAACCUUCGAGAAACGGAAGAAGGGGCUGAUGAAGAAGUUAGAGGAGUUUUCAAUCCUUUGUGGAGUCGAUCCCGAGAGGGUCAAGCAAGUUAUCGAUCAGUACUUCAGCGAGGGUGUCGAUCGGUGCAAAAAGCAUGCCAAGGACCUCCCUUCAAACGGGGCUGUCCGGGCUGAGGAUGAAACUGGAGGUAUGAAAAAGCGACACUUAGCAGCCAAGGAGAGCGCUGUGAUGAAUACAUCGGGGAUGGUCCCGAUGCAGAUGGAUGACUUCAAGUACGACAAUUCAGUCCAUAUGCAUAUGGAUGAUUACAUGCCGUUGGACGGGAUAAAGCCUCCUCUGGAGUUCCAACAGCUGGCGAUCCCUUACUUGCCUCCAUUAAUGGACCCAAACAUGAUGAUUAAUAAUUCGAUGAUGUGGUCCAAAGUCGGGGACUCUUCGGCCAACACCAGCAAUAGCAACAGCAUCCUUGCAAAUCAUCACAAUGAGAACAACUACUACUACAACUACUCACUCACUCACCGUCCCGGCUCAUAA